GGCCCCUGCCCGUGCGGGAAGGAGAGCAUGGAAGAGCAGGAGGAGAAGCCCCCAGGAACCCUGACGGAGGCCUGUGUGCAGGACUCUCUCCUUCCUCAAGAGAUUAUCAUCAAGGUCGAGAGAGAAGAUUCGGGGCCAGUGGCCGUCCCAUCCCAGGAAGGCGUAAACUUCAAAAUUGUGACUGUGGACUUCUCUCAGGAAGAGGGCAUUUUGAACCCUGCUCAGAGGACCCUGGACAGAGAUGCGAUCCUUGAGAACCACAGGGACUUGGUCUCUUGGGACUUGGCAACUGCACUUGGAAGAAGAGAAUCAACAUCAAAGCAGAGAAUUAUUGAUGAUGAACCAUCCCAUGGAGUGAAAUUAGAAAGGUUGACAAGAGAUGAUCCUUGGUUAUCUUCAUGUGAAGAAGUUUGGAUUUGUAAGGAUCAGUUGGAGAAGCAACAGGAAAAGCAAGAAAGACUUUUUAAGAAAGUGGCAUUCAUUCAUGAAAGAGUCUGCAAAAGUGAUGAACUUGAGGAAAAGAGUGGUCUGAAUUCCAGUUUUCUUUCACCCCAGAUGAUACCCAUAAGAAACCAUUUCCAUAAACAUGUCUCUCAUGUUAAAAAAUUACAUCAUUCUGUUGUGGACAGUCAUCAGAUGAUUAGUGACAAUGAGAAACUAUGCGAAAAUAAUGAAUAUGGAAAAAAAUCCCAGAGCAUUCACCUUAUUCAAUUUACAAGAACUCAAACAGAAGAUAAAUCCUAUGGGUUUAGCAACAAUAUUCAAUCUUUUAGCCAUGGUACACCCAUAAAUAUACAUGAGAAAAUACAUGCAAGAGAAAAACCCUUUGAUGUUAAGGAAUGUGGGCAAGUUUUAAACCAUAGCAUAUCCCAUAAUGAACAACAGAACAUUCCUGUUGACUAUAAUUGUAGUAAAAUCUCUGAGAAUUCAUUUCUUGCUCCAAACAUGAAAAAUUCUGAAGAGAAACCCUUUGAAUGUAACCAAUGCAGGAAAUCCUUCAGCUGGAGCUCUCAUCUUGUUGCACAUCAGAGAACUCAUACAGGGGAGAAACCUUAUGAAUGUAAUGAAUGUGGGAAAUCCUUCAGCCGGAGCUCGCACCUUGUUUCCCAUCAGAGGACUCAUACUGGAGAGAAACCUUAUAGAUGUAAUCAGUGUGGGAAAUCCUUUAGCCAGAGCUAUGUUCUUGUUGUGCAUCAGAGAACUCAUACUGGAGAGAAGCCUUAUGAAUGCAGUCAGUGUGGAAAGUCAUUCAGGCAGAGCUACAAGCUUAUUGCACAUCAAAGAACUCAUACGGGAGAGAAGCCCUAUGAAUGUAACCAAUGUGGGAAAUCAUUUAUCCAGAGCUAUAAACUUAUUGCACAUCAAAGAAUUCACACUGGAGAAAAACCCUAUGAAUGCAACCAAUGUGGAAAGUCCUUUAGUCAGAGUUAUAAACUUGUUGCCCAUCAGAGAACUCACACAGGAGAAAAACCCUUUGAAUGUAAUCAGUGUGGGAAAUCUUUCAGCUGGAGUUCUCAGCUUGUGGCACAUCAAAGGACUCAUACUGGAGAGAAACCCUAUGAAUGUAACGAGUGUGGGAAAUCUUUCAACCGCAGUUCACACCUUGUUAUGCAUCAAAGAACUCAUACAGGAGAAAAACCCUAUGAAUGUAAUCAGUGUGGGAAGUCGUUCAGCCAGAGUUAUGUUCUUGUUGUACAUCAGAGAACUCAUACUGGGGAAAAGCCCUAUGAAUGUAGUCAGUGUGGGAAAUCCUUUAGGCAGAGUUCAUGCCUUACUCAACAUCAGAGAACUCAUACUGGGGAGAAGCCCUACGAAUGUAAUCAAUGUGGGAAAACGUUCAGCUUGAGUGCUCGACUUAUUGUACAUCAAAGAACACAUACUGGAGAGAAACCCUUUACAUGUAAUCAAUGUGGGAAAGCUUUCAUUAACAGCUCUAAACUUAUUAGGCAUCAGAGGGUCCACAGGGGUGAGAAACCCUAUACCUGUGAGGAGUGCGGGAAGGGCUUCACUCAGGCUGCCCACUAUCACAUCCAUCAGAGGGUCCACACUGGGGAGAAACCUUAUAAGUGUGAUGUCUGUGGUAAGGGCUUCAGUCACAAUUCACCGUUAAUAUGCCACCAGAGACUCCACCCUGGAGAGAAGCCGUACAAAUGUGAGGUGUGCGGGAAAGGCUUUACUCGCAAUACAGAUCUUCACAUCCAUUUUCGGGUUCACACGGGAGAGAAACCCUACAGAUGUAAGGAGUGUGGGAAGGGCUUCAGUCAGGCUUCCAAUCUUCAAGUCCAUCAGAGAGUCCACACUGGAGAGAAACCGUACACGUGUGGUGUGUGUGGGAAGGGCUUCAGUCAGUCCUCUGGCCUUCAGUCCCAUCAGAGAGUCCACACUGGGGAGAAGCCAUACACAUGUGAUGUCUGUGGCAAGGGCUUUAGGUACAGCUCACAGUUUCUGUACCAUCAGAGAGGCCACACUGGGGAGAAGCCUUACACAUGUGAGGAGUGUGGGAAAGGCUUUGGCAGGAGCUUGAAUCUUCGCCAUCAUCAGAGGGUGCACACGGGAGAGAAGCCCCAUAAGUGUGAGGAGUGUGGUAAGUCCUUUAGUCUCCCCUCAAAUCUUAGAGUCCAUCUGAGUGUUCACCUUAGGGAGAAACUAUUUACAUGUGAAGAGUGUGGGAAGGGCUUCAGUCAGAGUUCACGUCUUCAGGCCCAUCUGAGAGUCCACACUGGAGAGAAACCGUACACGUGUGACGUAUGCGGGAAGGACUUCAGUCACCGCUCACGUCUCACGCACCAUCAGAAAGUCCACUCUGGCAAGAAUCGUUAAGAAUG